AGCAUCCAGCACGCCACCGCGUGCGUCACGAGCUCGUUCUGGUCUCUCCCUCGCGCAGCGGCCGCGGUCCACGAAUAUUCUGAACUCCUCCAACGCACCACGGAAGGAAACCGCCAUGCCCAAGCAAGCUCUCCCCGUAUAUAAGCCGAGCUCCGUUCCUCCGAUCCCGUCACCAAACCUUACCAAGCACGCAAUCAAGCAAGCAAGCAAAGCCAAAUCGAUCGCCCAUCGAUCUAAGAGCAAAGUCGAAACCUGUUGUUCAUCCAGGAUCCGGUGUCUGAUCAAUCGAGCUUUUUGAUUUCAAUUUCGCCGUCGCCAUGGACAAGGUGCUGGCCUUCUCGAUCCUGAGCGCGUCGCCGGCCGACAUCGCCGGCGGGAGCUGGGCGCGGCUGUCGUGGCGGGGGAGGAAGCUGCAGCAGCAGGACGACCACCAUAACCAGGCCGGAGCAGGGCGGCAGGGCGGCGGCGGCCAGCCGGCGGAGGCGGCGGAGCAGGGGAAAUCGCAGGAGCCGCGGCGGCCGCGGUUCGCGCCGGAGUUCGAUGGCAUCGACUGCUUCGAGACCAUCGUCUGGCGUUAAAGUUUCCUCUGCUUCCCCCGUAUGACCAACGCUGUGCUGUUUGUAUAUAACGAUUGAUCAUUGAUCCCCCGAUGCGGGGUGUUCAUUACUUCUUUCUCGCUUUGUCGCUGCUAAUUGAGCGUUCUUCCACGGGGCUGUACAGACAGAGCCACCCAAUUCAUGUAAUCGAGAUUGCUCCCAAUUCAUUCAUGUAAUCGAGAUUGCUCCAAAUUCAUUAACGAGAGCUCUUCUUUAAUUAA